AUGCAGUCGUCCACGCUUACUCAGACUGCUCCCCACCAAUCCUCACCCACCCAUGCAAACAACACCGGCCGUCUCAAAUAUGCAGACCCCCGCGACCUGCCCUCUUUUCCUUCUAUAGGGCUAAAGCAGGACGAUGCUGCUGCCAGCGCUGCCGCAUCGCUAGGCUGGGCAAACAAAAAGUCGCCCGAGCUGUGGAAGCCCGACACGACUUCUGCCUCUGCUUCGGCCGCCGCCAUGCUCGCCAAGGAUUAUAAGACCGCUCCUUCAUGGGAGCCCAGUCGUUCCAGUGCCGGCUCCAGAGCCGCUGUCCUUGCUGCUGGUUCUGUGGUCAAAUCCAAUAGUGAACGCCAGCCAUCCUAUCCGACUAGCUGGGGCAAUUCCGCAGCCAACCAAGCAUUCAAAACCCAACCAUCCCAGGUCUCGACCGGUCUGACCUCUCUGGACCGGCAAAAGUCCCUCCGUGCCGCCAAAGGUGCUAUGGCUCGCCCGCGGUCCCAGUCAUCGCCUAUGAAGCCGAGCUAUCCCGACGAGUCAAAUGCCGCCGCCAACGCCCUGAGUGCCGCGACUGUCGCCCACAGGCCCUCCACAUCUAUUCAAUCAGUGCCUGAGCAGGCCGGUGCUGUGCCUUUCACCACCAUGAACCGCCAAAUGUUCACCUCGCGGCCGCCAGUCAAACCCGAAGUCGACGAGCAGCACCGUGCCGAUGUGCUGCACGCCUCGGCCGUCGCGAUGGCCAAGCGGAUGUACACUCAUCAACAGAAGGUUAUUGACCAGGCCAAGCAAGCGGAAAGCGCCGCCAGCGCUGCUGGUGCUGCAGGACGCCGCAGCCGCUCGAGUUCCACCAGCGAAAGUCAGCCAAUGCAGUUCUUGACACUCCAAGACGCGGCGUACAAGAUGGCACAGGAUCGCCUGGCCAAGCUUCACGAGGAGCACCAGCAGAACCGAGACCUCCAGGAGUACUACGGGAACCAAUCCACCCCGCAGGCCCGUUUCUCGAUCCGCAACAAGCUCCGAAGACGGUCAUCCAGCGAUGGUGACGUCACCGAGGACAGGAAGCGGUCGAGGGAGAUCCGGCAGCAGAUGUCGUUGUUCUCCACCAAGCUCUCUGAAGUCGACGAGCAAAAGCGACAGAAAGAUAGAGAUGCACUAUUAGCCGCUGCCCAGAGGAAUGUCACGGCACGUCUGCAGGGCAUGGACGAAAAGGUGUAUGCCGAGACCGGCAAAGUUGCCCCGUCUCUUCUCAGCGACUGGGAGCUGAAGGCCCAUGCCGCAGCAGUUGCCAGGAGCGAUGCACGCAAGGACGAUAACUAUGGCAAGAUUGAUGUUGGCGGUGGGAAAUUCAUGUCACAGGCCGAAGUGGACGCGAUCGCGGCCAAGAUGGUCCAGCCCCGUCUCGACGAAAUUAACGAUAAGGCCGAAAAGGAGAGAGAAAGGCAGAUUGCACUCAAGAUGGAACAAGAGGCUAAACAGCGCGAGAUUGACUCGCAGAAGGCACGAGACAGGGAGAUCAAAGAGAUUCACCAGAAGCUGAAGCAGGAGGAGAAAGAAAAAGAGAAGGCACGAAAGGAAGAGGCAAGGAAGGAGGAGAGAGCCAGGAAAGAAGAGGCCAAGGCAGCUAGAGCCGAGCAGAAACGACAAGGGAAGGACGAGAAACGCAAGGGCAAGGACGUUACGGAGGCGCACAAGACGGAUCAGGAAGAGUCUGCGGUUCGUCCCGACGGGACUGAAGAGUCAACUAAGGGCAAGAAGCCCGUGGUGCCAGUCCUUCUGGACCAAACGGUCCAGCACGAGGGCGACCACGACGUGGAAGCGAAGCCCACUACUCCCACGUCCCCAUUCUCACCAACCUCGCCCACCUCGGAUGAACCCUCCUCGCCUGGAUCAAAGGUCAAGCACUGGCUCAAGUCUCGCUUCCAUCAUCGCCCUCGCGCCAAGUCCUCUUCUCACUCCGAGUCGCACACGGAGAACAAGAAGGGCUUCAUCGGCGGCAUCGCUCUGUUGCACCGGGAUGGCACGGGAAGCAUGACAAGUCUGGACCACAAUCAGAGCGGCUCCAGCAUGCGCGAGGUUGCUCUCGCCGGCAGGGCUCGACCCAAGUCCGCACUGGGGGCCAGCGCAGCGGAAGAAGCGGGCGAGAGCAGCGCCGUGGCUGCUGCUCCUGCACCGGCCGACAUUGAGACGCCCAGCGAGUUGGAUGCCACGACCAAGGAGCUGGCUCCCAUCAGUCCUGUCAGCAGCCUCAGCAGCCACAGCGUCGGCGACGACGACGACCAUUUCGCUGAUGCGAGGUCGUUUGGCAGCGCCAAGGGCGACAACUUCGAGCCUCCGAGCCGGCUCCGGGAUCCGGCCAAGGCGCGGGGUGACAGCCCGAGCCGUGACUCGAGGUUCCUGGAGGACCUGUAG